AUGGGAACAAAAAAGAAAGGGAUCUUCCAGGGAUUCAUAUGUAGUCUGUCUCAAAUCUUUGUUGAGAAAGAGCCUGAAAUAGAGAUUGGAUUGCCAACAGAUGUUAAGCAUGUGGCGCACAUCGGCUGGGAUGGCCCCUCCGGUACUGGUCCUGGUUGGAUGAAUGAAUUCAAGACAGGGCCUAAUUUUUCAGCAGCGUCGAUUGGCAAUUCUGGUUCUGCUCUUUCACCUUGGUCAUCUCAAGAUUUUGGAGAAUCUACGAGGCAGAAAUUGGGAUCUGAGGUUCAUAAAGACUUACCAUCGACUGAGGUUGCCGGUAUUCGAAAGAAGCAGAAGCGGAAGAAGUCUAAAUCAUCUUCUUCGUCCUCGUCCUCACGAGUACCCAAGUCCACAUCCAAGUUUGUUGAAGGCAGUGCCAAACCAACAAACAUUGAAGUGGCAUGA